AUGGCGGAGUGGCCAUCAGGAGAACCCAGACUUUCCCCUGUGGGAUGCUACACGCAUUUGACCACAAAACCUCCUACCACAACGGAAACAACAACUACAUCUCAGCCGCCUACACCUAUCACUACAAAUGCUGCAUCUUCUACCACACCUGAAACAACAACUACAUCUCAGCCACUUACAAGUACUACUACAACCACUACCCCACCUACCACAACUGUAACAACAACUACAACUCUGCCACCCACAACUACUACUGCAACCACUACAGUUUCUACCACAGCUGAAACAACAACUCAGCCACCUACACCUAAUAGUUCAACCACUACACCUUCUACCACACCUGAGACAACAACUACAACUCUGCCACCCACAACUACUACAGUGACCACAAAACCUCCUACCACAACGGAAACAACAACUACGUCUCAGCCGCCUACACCUAUCUCUACAAAUGCUGCAUCUUCUACCACACCUGAAACAACAACUACAACUCUGCCACCCACAACUACUACUACAACCACUACAAUUUCUACCACAGCUGAAACAACAACUCAGCCACCUACAACUACUAGUUCAACCACUACACCUUCUACCACACCUGAAACAACAACUACAACUCAGCCACCCUCAACUACUACAACUACUACAUUGACAACAAAACCUCCUACCACAACGGAAACAACAACUACAUCUCAGCCGCCUACACCUAUCGCUACAAAUGCUGCAUCUUCUACCACACCUGAAACAACAACUACAUCUCAGCCACCCACAACUACUACAGUGACUACAAAACCUGCUACCACAACGGAAACAACAACUACAUCUCAGCCGCCUACACCUAUCACUACAAAUGCUGCAUCUUCUACCACACCUGAAACAACAACUACAUCUCAGCCACUUACAAGUACUACUACAACCACUACCCCACCUACCACAACUGUAACAACAACUAAGACUCUGCCACCCACAACUACUACUGCAACCACUACAGUUUCUACCACAGCUGAAACAACAACUCAGCCACCUACACCUACUAGUUCAACCACUACACCUUCUACCACACCUGAGACAACAACUACAACUCUGCCACCCACAACUACUACAGUGACCACAAAACCUCCUACCACAACGGAAACAACAACUACGUCUCAGCCGCCUACACCUAUCACUACCAAUGCUGCAUCUUCUACCACACCUGAAACAACAACUACAUCUCAGCCACUUACAAGUACUACUACAACCACUACCCCACCUACCACACCUGAAACAACAACUACAACUCUGCCACCCACAACUACUACUACAACCACUACAAUUUCCACCACAGCUGAAACAACAACUCAGCCACCUACAACUACUAGUUCAACCACUACACCUUCUACCACACCUGAAACAACAACUACAACUCAGCCACCCUCAACUACUACUACAAAUACUGCACCUCCUACCACACCUGAAACAACAACUACAUCUCAGCCACUUACAAGUACUACUACAACCACUACCCCACCUACCACAACUGUAACAACAACUAUGUCUCAGCCAUCUACAAGUCCACCUUGCACUUGUUAUUGGUCAGAAUGGAUCAAUCUAGGCAAGCCCACCCCAGGCCCUAAUGGAGGGGAACAUGAAUCCAUCACGCAAAUAAAAUCUGCUGUUCAUCAUGCUUGCUUAACUCCGGAGGAAGUCAAGUGUAGAGCUGUUCUUUACCCAGGCCUUUCCAUGUCAGAGGUGGGACAAGUUGUGACUUGUAACAAAGAUGUGGGUCUCAAAUGCGAAAACAAACAACAAGGGCUUCAGCAAGAAUGUUUUGACUAUGAAAUUAAAUUUAAAUGUUGUACGUGUCAAACACUUUCAACACCUUCAACUACCACAACUAAAACACCUACUACUACAAGUACAACUCAGCCACCUACAACUACUACUACUACAACCACUACAAUUUCUACCACAGCUGAAACAACAACUCAGCCACCUACAACUACUAGUUCAACCGCUACACCUUCAACCGUAACUGAGAAAACUACUACAACUCUGCAGCCCACAACUACUACAGUGACCACCAAACCUCCUACCACAACGGAAACAACAACUACAUCGCAGUCGCCUACACCUAUCUCUACAAAUGCUGCAUCUUCUACCACACCUGAAACAACAACUACAACUCUGCCACCCACAACUACUACUACAACAACCACUACAGUUUCUACCACAGCUGAAACAUCAACUCAGCCACCUACAACUACUAGUUCAACCACUACACCUUCUACCACACCUGAAACAACAACUACAACUCAGCCACCCUCAACUACUACUACAAAUACUGCCGCUCCUACCACACCUGAAACAACAACUACAACUCUGCCACCCACAACUACUACUACAACCACUACAGUUUCUACCACAGCUGAAACAACAACUCAGCCACCUACAACUACUAGUUCAACCACUACACCUUCUACCACACCUGAAACAACAACUACAACUCAGCCACCCUCAACUACUACUACAAAUACUGCACCUCCUACCACACCUGAAACAACAACUACAUCUCAGCCACUUACAAGUACUACUACAACCACUACCCCACCUACCACAACUGUAACAACAACUAUGUCUCAGCCAUCUACAAGUCCACCUUGCACUUGUUAUUGGUCAGAAUGGAUCAAUCUAGGCAAGCCCACCCCAGGCCCUAAUGGAGGGGAACAUGAAUCCAUCACGCAAAUAAAAUCUGCUGUUCAUCAUGCUUGCUUAACUCCGGAGGAAGUCAAGUGUAGAGCUGUUCUUUACCCAGGCCUUUCCAUGUCAGAGGUGGGACAAGUUGUGACUUGUAACAAAGAUGUGGGUCUCAUAUGCGAAAACAAACAACAAGGGCUUCAGCAAGAAUGUUUUGACUAUGAAAUUAAAUUUAAAUGUUGCUGGUGUCAAACACUUUCAACACCUUCAACUACCACAAUUAAAAGAACUUCAACUACUUCAUUCACUUCACCUGUUACUACAACUGAAACAGCAACUAGUACUUGGCCACCAACAACUUCUACUACAACCACAACACCUUCUGUCACACCUGAAACAGCUACUAAAACUCAACCAACUACAGCUACUUCUACUACCAAUAUAUUUACCACAAUUAAUGUAAUGACUGGAGGAACUUCUCAACCACGUACUGCGAAUCAUAAUUGCCAUUGCUUUCAUAAUGGAACAGAGUUCCUCCCAAAUUCCAUAGUCUACAAUGUGACGGAUCACGAUGGCUACUGUUACACAGGGUACUGUAAUGAGAACUGUAAUGUAGUGCCCAAACACCACCCCUGUUCUAUGUCUAAGAAAGAUUGUGUUGAUAUAACGCCUCCAAGAAAGGACGGUGAAAGCUGGAAUGCAAGUAACUGUCGUGUAGGAACAUGUCAUACUGGCAUGGUGACCUAUAGCAACAAAAAAUGUCCAACUCUGAAACCCAAAGUAUGUGUAAAUAACUUCCCUCCCAUUGAAGUGAAGGAUAGUGAUGAAUGCUGCUCCCACUAUGAAUGCCAGUGUAUCUGCUAUGGUUGGGGAGACCCCAAUUAUGUCACCUUCGAUGGAACCUUCUAUAGUUUUAAAGGCAACUGUUCCUACUGGCUGGUGAAAGAGAUCUUACCCAAACAAAACUUCAGCAUUAUCAUCGAUAACUACUACUGUGGUGCAGCUGAUGGAUUGUCCUGUCCUAAGUCCAUCACUGUCUUCUACAAAAGCUACAAGAUCUUUAUUACGCAGAACAAAAUUAAAGGCAUUCUCAAAAACCAGGUUUUUGUGAAUGACAAACCAAUAAAAAGUCCUGCAUACCAGAAUGAUGACUUCCGUUUAACCAACACUGAUAUUGAUGCAAUUCUCGUCAUCCCUAAAAUUCAUGCCAGGGUCACCUACUCAGGGCUCUUAUUCAGUAUCUACCUGCCCUAUAGUAUAUUUCACGGCAACACAGAGGGACAGUGUGGCACAUGUGACAACAACCGGACAGAAGACUGUAGGUUACCCAGUGGCAAAAUUGAUCCUUCAUGCUCUAACAUGGCACCGUUCUGGCAUCUUAACAACAGUCUGUGUCAUAAUACACCUCCCCUACCACCAAAAACGAACAAUACCUGUGAUUCAACCAUCUGUGAGAUCAUCAAAAGCAGUGUGUUUGAGGCUUGCCACAACCUUAUUGACAACAGUCGAUAUUUUAAUGUCUGUGAGUCGGAUGUGUGCCACAAGCACAACGCUAACACUGGCUGCCAUAGCUUAAAAAGCUAUGCUGAUGCUUGUGCUGAGGCUGGAGUAUGUAUUCCCUGGAGGAAUGCCACAAAUGGAGUCUGUGAAUACCAAUGUCCAACUCCCAAAGUCUAUCAUGCCUGUGGCCCUCAGGUGGUGCCUACCUGUGACUCCUGGUACAACGAGAAAUUCAUCUAUACUGGCAGUCAGUUCAGCGCCAUGACAAAAGAAAAGCUGGAGGGUUGCUACUGCCCAAAUGACACCAUCCUCCUCUCGUCCAGCUCCAAUGAAUGUGUGUCCACAUGUGAAAUCUGUCGGUUGGCAAACGGAAAAUGGACCAAGGCCAAUGCAUCAUGGAUAGAAGGGUGUGAGGAGUGUAUAUGUGAGGAGGACACACUGCAGGUCACCUGCCAUAACAUAUCCUGUCCAACACAGUCACCCCUCAGCUGUGACCAUGAAGGUCAGGUCAAGGUCAAUGACACUGUUGGAUGCUGUCAAAAGGAGAAGUGCGAGUGUGAUGUGAAGGGGUGCUCUCAUAUUGUGCCGUCCUGUCCGCCUGGUUCUACUCUAAGCACCGAGACGGGAGUCUGUUGUCACACAUACACCUGCGUGAACACGUGUGUUUUCAACAACACUGGAUAUAAGGUUGGAGACAUGGUGCCCAUGAACCCAUGUGAAAAGUGCACUUGCACUAACACGACAGAGGCCGGCAGACAUCAGUACGAAAUAAAAUGUCUGCCUGUACCAUGUGACACACACUGCCCUCUGGGUUAUGAGUACCAGAGCAUCCCUGGCCAGUGCUGUGGAAAGUGUGUCCAAACAAGCUGCAUUGUCAUGCUGUCGAAAAACUCCACACACAUGUUAAAGCCUGGCACCGUUUGGUCCCCCGCUGGGAACCCCUGUGAGAAGUUUGAGUGUGUGAAGACAGCUAAUCAGUUCAUCACUGUCGAGGCCAAGAUCAUCUGUCAGCCCUUCAACCCUGAUGAAUGCAUACCGGGAACAGAGGCCAUAGCUCCAGACGGAUGCUGUCGUGUCUGUGUUCCAAAUACUCAUACAUGCAGUGUGUCCACCACUGCUGUGUACCUGGAGAGCAAGGGCUGCUACUCCAAAGACACUGUGAACAUCACAUCUUGUAGUGGAGCAUGUGGUACCUUCACCUUCUAUUCCAGCAAAAUGAGAUCCUUGCAGCACACCUGCUCCUGCUGCCAGGAGAUGGCCACAUCAGAGAGGCAGAUCCAGCUCUCCUGCCCUAACAAUACUGAGGUCUCCUACACCUACAUCCACAUUGAUGCCUGUGGGUGCCUCAAGACAAAAUGCUCUGCGUUUGACCAAAGUGACAUGGCAACCACUCCGUCCAGUAUCAAGUCACGUCGACGCAGGAGAUAAGUAAAAAAACUGGACUAGCAUAUGCAUUGGCAUUGUAAUGAGCAUGUAUUUGUUGGACCAUAAUUGAACAAUCAUACUUGAAUCAGUGUCAACUUCAUCCUCAUACAUGAUUUCUCCAUUUAUGUUUAAUGUAUUACUUUAUUUAGUUUUAGCUUCAUAAGAUUGUAAACCCACAAA